CCAUCCUUCCCUCCUUAUAUAGAGGAUUGAGUUCUUCCCAUUUCUCCACCCUCUCACCCCUGUUUCUCUCCCGGAAGCUCUGUUCCUCUUCUUUCUCGGUGGGUUUAGCUGAUAAACCAGACCAACAUUGCCAUUGCUCCAAAUCAAUCUACCACUGUUGGUGGACUUUUGAAGGGAACAAAUGGGUUUAUCUUGGGACGUUUUAUAAUUCCUUUUCCAUUUUGUUUUAGUUUUUGUUGCAGAACAGAUCUGUUUUAGUUUUUAUUGCAGAGCAGAUCUGUAUUCCAAUCUGCAUUUGGGUUUUGCUAUUUAUACCUGAAAGUUGAAAUUUUUGAGUAUGGAUUACUUCGGAAGGUUUCUGAGACUCACUUUCAUGGCUCCUCUGCUUCUGCAAGUACUGCUUGUUUGGCUUCCUUGUGUUCUGGCGGGGCAUGACUAUAGCCAGGCUUUGAGUAAAAGCAUUCUCUUCUUUGAGGCUCAGAGGUCUGGGUACCUUCCCAGUAACCAGAGAGUUACGUGGAGAGCUGAUUCUGGUCUGCGCGAUGGGAAGAUUAAUGGAGUGGAUCUGGUUGGAGGCUACUAUGAUGCAGGGGACAAUGUGAAGUUUGGACUUCCCAUGGCCUUCACCAUAACAAUGAUGUCCUGGAGCAUAGUAGAGUACAGGAAGCAAAUGGCUGCAAGUGGAGAGCUUGGUCAUGCCAUGGAAGCUGUCAAAUGGGGAACUGACUACCUCAUUAAAGCUCACCCACAACCUUAUGUUUUGUACGGAGAGGUGGGAGAUGGGAACACUGACCAUUACUGCUGGCAACGGCCGGAAGAUAUGACGACGGAUCGUCAAGCUUACAAGAUCGACGUUAACAACCCUGGAUCUGAUCUCGCCGGAGAAACUGCAGCGGCAAUGGCUGCGGCUUCACUCGUCUUCAGCCAUUCUGAUCCCUCUUACGCCAAUGAACUCCUCACCCACGCUAAGCAGCUUUUCGAAUUUGCGGAUAAAUACAGGGGUAAAUACGACAGUAGCAUCACGGUGGCGCGCAAGUACUAUCAAUCUUAUAGUGGUUACGCUGAUGAGUUGCUAUGGUCUGCUGCGUGGUUGUAUCAAGCAACCAAUGAGGAAUAUUACUUGGACUACUUAGGACAAAACGGUGAUUCCCUUGGUGGGACCGGUUGGGCCAUGACCGAAUUUGGAUGGGAUGUCAAGUAUGCCGGUGCCCAAGUGCUUGUUUCCAAGUUCCUAAUGGAAGGGAAGGGACAAAAAUACGCUUCGGUGUUCGAGAAAUACCAGCAGAAAGCAGAGUACUUCAUGUGUUCCUGCCUUGGAAAGGGAAGCCGGAAUGUGCAGAAGACUCCGGGAGGUCUCCUUUUCCGGCAAAGAUGGAACAACAUGCAAUUCGUCACCAGCGCUUCUUUCCUCCUCACUGCUUACUCCGAUUACAUCUCCUCCGCUCGUAAAACCGUUUCUUGUCUCGCCGGCUCUGCUUCCUCUUCUGAUCUUCUCAACUUCGCUAAAUCUCAGGUGGAUUACAUACUUGGAGACAAUCCAAGAGCCACAAGUUAUAUGGUUGGCUAUGGGAACAACUAUCCACAACAGGUUCACCACAGGGGAUCCUCUAUCGUCUCCAUUAAGGUCAAUCCAAGCUUUGUUAGCUGCCGUGGUGGAUAUAGCACAUGGUUCGGUCGCAAGGCUAGUGAUCCAAAUCUCUUGACCGGUGCCGUCGUUGGCGGCCCUGAUGCUUAUGACGACUUCGCCGAUCACAGAGAUAACUAUGAGCAAACAGAGCCCGCUACCUACAACAAUGCUCCCAUUCUUGGUGUCUUGGCUCGACUCCACGGUGGCUAUGGUGGUUACGAUCAGCAAUUACCUGUUUCAACUCCGUCUAAGACUGUCGGUAGGAAGCCAAAUCCAGCUCCUUCUCCAGUUAAGUCUUCUGCUCCAUUCACAAUCGAGCAAAAGGAAACAGCUUCAUGGAACGCAAAGGGAAGAACUUACCAUAGAUACUCUACAGUGGUGACCAAUGUAUCAGGGAAGACAGUGAAGGAUUUGAAGCUUUCCAUAUCAAAACUCUACGGUCCACUUUGGGGCCUCACCAAAUCCGGUGAAGCUUAUGGAUUUCCAUCAUGGCUCAAAUUUUUGGAUGCCGGAAAGAGCCUCGAAUUCGUGUAUAUCCAUUCAACUUCUGCAGCUGAUGUAUCAGUCUCAAGUUACACAAUGCUUUAGAGAGAGAGAAGGAAAGAAGACUCACAAGAGUCAUUUCUUCUUGUUUGUUCUGUGCUUGUAGAAGCAAGAAAUUGUGCAGGUACAGUGAGAUGGGGAAGUGAAGAGUCCAUAAAGAUUAAAGGGUAGUUGACCUUUUUUAUCUUUUUUGUUCAUAGAUUAUGAAUCCUCCUUUUAUGUGGGAUUUUCCAUUAGGGGUCUUAGCCAAAGCUUAGUGUCUGUAAUAAGAAUGAGGAAUAGAGGGGAGAAAAGAGUGAAGAGAGAAAAAAGAGUGCUCAUCCUCUUUCUUCUCUACCUCAUUACUUAGCGAGAGAGAGAGAGAGAAAAGGUUCUCUCAACCAAUUUCUAGAGUCUUUGUUUUAUUGUAUUUAAAACAAGUUCACAGGUUUCUGUGUACUGGUUGUAAGCUUUACAACUUUUUCUUCCCAAAUGAAUCAAAAUGAAUACAGUAUGUUUUGUGCCA